AUGAGGUUUAUAGGGGACUGGAAAAGAGACAUUCCUGAGGGUGUCAGUGUCAAGUUGUGCAUGCAAAUAGCUCUUAACCCUCUCUGUGCUCUUCCCAAACCACUCUCUGCUGGGAUUGCUGGCAGUCAGACCCUUGAGCCUCCACGCAGAGUAUGGGGGAGAUGAGUUCAUUUCACCCGACAGGAUUUGCUGAGGGCUGCAUCUCCUCUGAAGAGAGUCAGUAGCUGUUUCUGAUGCCGUGUGUUCUGUCUGUCUUCUGCUGACUGUGGUUGCUUUGCUCCUCGCUUGCACAAGUCAGCUGAAGUGAACUAGACUGCAAAUAUCGUCCCCAAACCUCCCCCAAGAGUCCUGAUCUCUCUCUUGGUCUUGCAGCCCUUUCACCGUCAGUCCAGCCACGGGAACCCUCGACGUUGGUGAAGCCAUGCAAGUGACAGUGGAAUAUCACCCGCGGGAGACCGGGCACCAUUCCACAUCCCUGGCAGUGCACUGUGACAGAGGUGAAGAUACCCACACCAGACUUCUUGGGAAAGCUAAGGACUUCAACAUCGGGCUGGACCCGUACUCUUUGGAACUUGGCAAGACUUACCUCACCCUGUCCAGCCACAGAACCAUGGCCAUCCACAACAGAAGCAACAUCACAGCCCGGUUCCAGUGGAAGGCUUUUGCUACUGAGGCAGAGGAGUAUCCGCAGAAGAUCAGGCUGUGUCACAAUCUGUCUCAGCGCUAUGAGGAGCUUGACCUUUACCACCGCGAGUUGGAGAAGGAGACAGCAAAGAUUGAGGCAGACCCCAUGCUGUUCUCAGAUGACGUUUUCACCAUUGAGCCCUUGGAGGGAGAGGUUGGGCCACAUUGUUCAGCUGAAAUCAAGGUGUUAUUUAAACCCCGAGAAGCCCAAGUCUACAGAAAAGUGGCCUACUGUUCCAUCUCAGGCCGUGAGACCAGGCUGCUCCUGCGCCUCACAGGGGAAGGCCUCGGGCCCUGCCUCCAACUCAGCUCUGAGGAACUGGACAUGGGGAAAGUUUUGGUUGGAGAAGCCUACAGCUAUGAGGCAAUGCUGGUUAACAAAGGAGCUAUUGAUGCUCCCUUUGAGCUCAUCCCUCCAACCACAGCCCACGGCUCCUGCUUCACCUUUCUGCCCCAGCAGGGCAUCAUUCCACCCAACGGGCUCCAGCCCAUCCAGAUCUCCUUCAGUUCCACCACCCUGGGGGAGUUCGAGGAAGAAUUCCAUUUCAAUGUGACGGAAUCCCCUAAGCCUGUGACCUUGACUAUCAGGGGCCACGUCACCGGACUGAGCCUGCAUUUCAGCACAGGUGGCCUUGACUUCAAUGACGUCUCCUUUGGCUUUCCUCAGACCUUGUCGUGCCGCCUGAUCAACACCUCCGUGGUGCCCAUCACCUUCCACCUUCGCAUCCCUGAGGAUGGCCAGGGACAGCCCAGCCUUAGGAGCUUUGAUCAAGUGAAAGACAACGCUCACCCCUGCUGGGAAAAAGGCACACUGGCUCCAUGUCAGGAGAAGCCAAGGGAAUUCAGCAUAACACCCCGCACAGGGACCAUCCCUUCCCAGGGAUCCCGGGAGAUCAGGGUCACGCUGUGUUCCAAUGACGUGGGGCGAUACAACUGUGAUAUGGUGGUGGACGUGGAUGGUUUUGGCAAGGAGGUGUUGGCUCUGCACCUCAAAGCCAGAUGUGUUGUUCCUGAGCUGCGUUUGCUCACCUCCACCCUCGACUGUGGACCGUGCUCUGCAAAGGUCCCUUGCCAGAAGACGCUGACCCUUGUGAACCCGAGCCCCCUUCCAGGAUGCUACAGAGUUCUCCCUCAGAGAGACCGAGAGGCCGCUGCUCUGUGGUACUCCAGCCCCAAGCCGUGUGGGAUCAUCCAGGGUCACGACGAGGUGGAGAUCCCAAUUACAGUUGAAGCCCAGGCGGUGGGUGCUCAUUCCAUCCUGGCGGAUAUCGCCGUGUUCGGGAAGGAGAGAUCCCCACUGCAGCUGCAUUUAAUGUGCACUGGAAAGACGCCGCUUGUCUACGCAAGUGUGAAUAAGAUAAACUUCGGCAAGAUCCGAGCCAUACAGGACACUUGCCAAACUCUCCAGCUGUGCAAUCAGGGGCUCAUCCCUGCAGCCUUCAGAGCAGAGAUCGGUGGCAAAUGCUGGAGUAUUGAACCCAGGGAAGGAGUGAUCCCUGCCAAGGCUGAGGUUCCUGUGGUUGUCACGGCAAACCUGGAUGACACAGGGAGAUUUGAGGACAGCAUGAAGCUGUUCGUUGAGAACAACCUUACCAGUGUCAUCCCCAUCCAGGCUGUGGGCAUUGGCACCACAAUUACCAUCGACAAACCGUUUGCACCGGAGCUGAAUUUGGAACCCCAGUUCAACCUCGUUCCCUGUGUUUUCCGGUUCAACGUCACAAACAAGGGGCGGAAGUUCCAGGAGCUGUUCUGGGGCACAGAAGGUUUCAGCACCUUUCGGCAGCGUCACUCUCUCCCUGCCCCCAGCGUCACCAAGGGCAAAAACGCUUCCCAGAGACCCACCAGCCCCGUAUUUAAGCUGCAGCCACGGGGGAUGUAUCUGCAGCCAGGCCAGACUAUGGAGCUGGUGCUGGAAGGCUUCUCCAGCACUGCCCAGGUGAGGUCCCUGCCAAGGGCUGAGCCUUCCCCAUCAGGUCCCCUCCACUGGGGCUUCUCCUGCAGCCCCUUGACAUUUGCCUGG